AUGAGUGUUUCCGGGGCUUUCCAGGAGUCCAUUGAGGCAUGUGAAGCGGGAUGGUUGCCCUGCAAAACUCAAUGUCAGAAGAGCACUAUAUCACGUGGUAUUGAUGUCAAACAAGCGGUUGAUAAUCGGCCCAGCUGGCCUCGUGGUAGUGAGGCUUUCGACUCACACAGUGCAUUCACUACCAGUUCGAUUCCCCGUGGGAGCUCGAGGAUGUGCUCUGAUCAGCUCAUGAUUCCUGGCAAGCCCGAUGAAACCGUUGAGCACAGUUCUCCCACGGUUUUCAUUGAUGAGUUCAGCCUGCAUUUACAUGAUGAACCAGUACGAGCUGUGAAAGCAAACAAACAGCACGCACAAGUAGGAGUGGCAGUAGUAGUAGCAGUAGUAGUAGUAGUAGUAGUAGUAGUAGUAGUAGUAGUAGCAGUAGUAGUAGUAGUAGUAGUAGUAGUAGUAGUAGUAGUAGUAGUAGUAGUAGUAGUAGUAGUAGUAGUAGUAGUAGUAGUAGUAGUAGUAGUAGUAGUAGUAGUAGUAGUAGUAGUAGUAGUAGUAGUAGUAGUAGUAGUAGUAGUAGUAGUAGUAGUAGUAGUAGUAGUAGUAGUAGUAGUAGUAGUAGUAGUAGUAGUAGUAGUAGUAGUAGUAGUAGUAGUAGUAGUAGUAGUAGUAGUAGUAGUAGUAGUAGUAGUAGUAGUAGUAGUAGUAGUAGUAGUAGUAACAACAAUACUUGAUUGUGACCAAGAUAUUCUGUUUUUUGGUUGUGUACCUUCCAGUGAACCCGAAAAACAAGAAAUUGCAAUGGGAUUCACUUUCACACGUACAAUUUCGGUCUUCACCGUUUUGUGCACCACAACUACGCCGAUGAUGGCUAUUCUACUUCCCGUCAUCAGCCAAGCCGGUUUGUGCAUUCUGAUCCUUUGUGAUAGCUGCUGUGUCAUUCUACCUACACAGCUUGACAAACUUGAACAAACCAAAGAAUAUGUUAAUAUGGAAGAGUUGAUCCAACCCACAAACACAACAAAUGCUUCGUGCGACAGUCUUGCUCAUACUUUAGUAUCACAAGAUCCGUCACAAUCACAACACUUGACUGAUCCACUGGUUGUCUCCCUGUUUUCAGACAUUCUGAGUUUUGAAGUCCCACAUUGGAAUUGUUCACUUAUAAUAAGCUCAUCUCCCGGAAAAGGAGGGGAUGGAACGGUUGUGCCUGUUUGA